AUGAGCGACACCGCGUAUGGGACCUUCUCUUCCGAUGGGAAUGGAAAUUUUUCCGGAACCUAUAACAUGCCCGACCGUACGCAAAGGACCAUAAACGGCAGAUUUUCGUCCGCUGUUCCAGCAUUCAGUGUGCCAAUAGCCACAGUUACCUACAGCGGUCCUUUGAGUGGCGUCCACAACGUGGAUGGUGUGGUUGGAGCGGCCAUAGAGGAUGUUAAACUGGACGAUGGUCCGAUACUUGGUGGAAAGCUUAUGCCACCGCUUGAUCGGGGCUACCAUGUUAUGGGUCAGGGAAGCUGGUCCGCGACAUCCUAG